AUGGUAUUACAUCUUUUUAGUACAUUCUGUCACCUUUCAGAAAAUAUGCUUGAGGAGGAAAGAGUGAAGUAUGAAAAUGGGAAAAAGUUUCUGGCUCGACUCAUGGGCCAUGAUCCAGCCACCUUCACUCAAGAGCAAGUUGAUGAGGCAAUCAGAUAUCUCUUUCCGUCAGGUCUUCAAUCUAAGAAUGCCCAUCCAAAACUUAAGCCACCAGAAGGGAUUUAUCCUGAGAAGAAAAAACUUCAAUUCGAUAGAACUGGUAGGCCCUUUCAUGAUCUUUACUACACCGGAAAACCUGCCUACUUUGAAGCUAUGCAUAAAGCCAGUGCUUUGUUUGAAGAGCUGAAUCUUUUGUUCGAUCGUGGAUAUAUUGAUCGAGAUUUUACUGGUUUCAAAAAUCCCCGCUCAAUUGUAGUUGCCUCGAGUGUGUGGCUUACGAAGGAACAGCUUAGUCGGAAGCUGUUAGAACCUCUGACUGAAGAUAUGUAUGCAAGCUGGUUAAGGGUUAUGGAUACUCUUUUAAAGCAUCCUCUUGCAUGGCAUGCGGAAAGCUUCAUCAAUUCCUAUCGAGUCUCCGUGCAAGAAACUUUCUCAGAUGAAGCCUAUCCAGAGCCUCAUGUAGAUCCUGACACCAACUGUCGGUUUAUCGACACUUUUGGCCAGAAGAAACAUGCCUUUGCAGAGCUUAGAAUGACCCAACCUGGAACUGGGAAAUUCAUUGUUAAUGAUAAGAGGCUUCUGGAGUUCUUCCCCCACCUUGGUGAUCGGGAACAGAUCAUGUUCCCUCUCCAAUAUACAGGCAUGCUGGGAUCUGUGGAUGUAGUAGCCAAGAUUUCAAGUGAUACCGAAACUGGGCAUAGUUCGAAAGCAAACGCCCUCCGAUUGGCCGUAGCUCGAGCCCUGGCUUGUUUCCUACCCGGUGAUCAGGGGUUUAAUCGAUUGCGCGCAGCCGGCCUCCUCACGCAAGACGACCGAUUCUCUGAACGCAAGAAGCCUGGCCAGAAGAAGGCUCGUAAGAAACCUAUUUGGAAGGCUCGUUAA